AUGGUCCAAUUUAUCGAACAUAGCCAUUUGUACAACCAUGACUUUUCCACGGCUUCUUUGGCCUAUUUGAACCGAUAUCCUAAUCCGUAUGCCAAACAUGUUAAGAGCAGUGACACUUUGGAACAUUGUAUUGAUGAAGAUGGCAGAUUAAGGACCACAAGAUUGGUGGUCAAGACGGGAAGGUUGCCUCAGUUCAUUAAGCCAUUUUUGGGUACCAGUUUGGACUCGUGGAUUAUUGAAAAGAGUGUGAUUGAUCCCAAGGGUAAGAUUCUUCUUUCGUACACUGCGAAUGUAGAUCAUCGCAAGCUACUUAAAGUCGAGGAGUAUUUGAAGUACUCGUGUGAAGAUGGAAUCAACACAUUGGUUGAGAGCAAGGUCAAGUUCUCGUCCAAUUUUGUAGGCUUGAAGCAGAAGAUUGAGCAAUGGAGUCACAACAGGUUUUUGUCUAACAUCUCUAACUCUCGCGAGGGCUUGAAGUUUGUCAUGAACAGGUUGAAGGAAAGAGGUGGGCUCUGGUACAGAGAGAGGGAUACAUCUAGUUUAUUGUAGUUGUCUGAGCAUUGAGCUUAGUAUGAUAUGAUCCGAGGCUAUUGGCCCAUUAUGACGUUAUGGAAACAUGUAUAUAAGAAUGCACGGUAUAGUGUG